CAGAGUAUAAAACCCCACAGGCAGGGCUGAGCUGCACCAAGGGGCAGCGGCUGCGGCGGGGAAUGGAGGCAAACAUGGACCUCCUGCAUGACGCGGGCAUCCGAGCAACACACUGGCUGCAGGAGAGCUUCCAGGGCUCCCAGGAAUGGUUCCUCUUCAUCUCCUUUGCUGCUGACCUCAGGAAUGCUUUCUUUGUCCUCUUCCCUAUCUGGUUCCACUGCAGUGAGGCAGUGGGUGUCCGGCUCAUCUGGGUGGCUGUCAUCGGCGACUGGCUCAACCUCAUCUUCAAGUGGAUCCUUUUUGGGGAGAGACCGUACUGGUGGGUCCAUGAGACGGAUUAUUACAGGAACAUGUCUGCUCCAGCGAUCCAACAGUUCCCACUCACCUGUGAGACUGGCCCUGGGAGCCCCUCUGGCCAUGCUAUGGGUGCAGCAGGUGUGUACUAUGUCAUGGUGACAGCCCUCCUCUCUGCUGCCAUGGGGAAGAAACAGUCGAAGACACUCAAAUACUGGGUGCUGUGGAUGGUGCUUUGGAUGGGCUUCUGGGCGGUUCAGGUCUGUGUCUGCCUGUCCCGAGUCUUCAUUGCUGCCCAUUUCCCCCACCAGGUCAUUGUGGGGGUCAUCUCAGGGAUGGCCGUGGCCAAGAGUUUCCAGCACAUCCACUUCAUCUACCAUGCCAGUCUCCGCCGAUACCUGGGAGUCACCUUCUUCCUCUUCAGCUUUGCUCUGGGCUUCUACCUCCUGCUGCGGGUGGUCAACGUGGACCUGCUCUGGACACUGGAGAAGGCUCGGAAGUGGUGUGCCCACCCUGAGUGGGUCCACAUCGACACCACCCCCUUCGCCAGCCUCAUCCGUAACUUGGGAAUCCUCUUCGGGAUGGGCUUGGCCCUCAACUCCCACAUGUACCUGGAGAGCUGCAGGGGGAAGCAGGGCCAGCAGCUGCCCUUCCGCCUGGGCUGCAUUGUCACCUCCCUCCUUGUCCUACACCUCUUUGAUGCCUUCAAGCCACCCUCCCACAUGCAGCUCCUCUUCUACCUCCUCUCCUUCUGCAAGAGUGCAGCUGUGCCUCUGGCCACCGUCGGCCUCAUCCCCUACUGCAUCUCACAGCUCCUGACCACGCAGGACAAGAAAGCUGCUUAAGGGACAUCCCUGCAGGUAACUGUGUGCCUGGGCAAGCAGCCACCCGGGCUCUGGGGCACUCAGAUGACCCGGGCUGCACCCCAGGCACUGUUUGCUCCCUGCUAAAUCUGCACAGACUGACUCCACACCGGGAGCUGCUGCAGAGGCCGGGCUGGCAGCGCUGCUGGGUGGCUCCUGUGGCACUGACCCACACCAGUUGUGCCACGGUGAUGAUGGCACAGGGAGCCCUGUGCUCCCAGGGCUCUCCUGCUCUCCCUCCCAUGCCCACGGGUGGGGUCAUCAGCCAGGAGCUGGCAGCAGAGGGGGGGAAGACCCCCACGCUUCCCUGCAGCUCAUGGGGACGUCACCUCCAGGCUGCAGGGCUGGGGAUGACACCACUGGGAGCAGGGUGCUCACACAUGGGUGCUCAGGGUCUGCUGGUGAGGCAGCUAAGAAGAACAGGCAGACACUGUGGAGGUAAAGCACUGGCUUGCAGGACCCCCCAGCCCUGGGGUGUACUGAUAGGCACGGGUGUGACUGUCAGCACGAGGUGUUUUAUUAAAGCUGAAGGUGUGUUUA